GACUUGUUUAAGGAACUGCAUUGAAUUGUGAUGGGAAUACCUGCCUUAAGGGAAGGAAACGAUCUUGCUAACGAUGGUAGUGAUCAGAAGACUGUGCAGGUGCUUCUGAAUAAAUCAGAAAAGGUGGAGUAGAAGAAGAAGGUCAAGAAAGACUUAAAUGGACUUCUGAGGUAAAACUAUUGAAGCAACAAAAGGAAGAAACAUGGAGACAGAGACCAUUUUAAAUCUGAAAAAACAACUGAGGGAAGCAGAGAAUGAGCAAAGAAAGGCAGCACAAUAUGGCUUGCAUUUGUUGGAGUCCCAUAGUGAAGUUCAAAAUCAGUUGGAUCAAGCACGCCGUGAAUUGACUGAGAAAACUGAGAAAUUUGAGCAAGACAAAUACUCUCUUCAAAGAGAAAUUGAUCUCAAGAAUCGAAUGUUGGAAAGCUUGAAUUUUGAAUGCGAGUCCCUUAAGCAACAGCAAAAUGUGCAACUGGAUAAACAGAAAGAACAGCUUGCUAGAGUCUAUGGACGAGAAAUCAGUGACCUUAAAAACAAGUUGGAAAACCUGAAAGCAGAACUAGAUGAAACCCGACUCUCGGAGAAACAAUUGAGACACAAAGUGGAUCAUCAGAAGGAAAUAAUUGCUGCCAAAUCAGAAGAACUACAUAUGAUGUCUGAACGUGUACAUGAGACCAUGUCUUCAGAAAUGCUCAGUCUUCAGAUAGAACUCACUGAACUAGAAAGUGUGAAGGCCAAUAUUGAAGAAAAGCUGAAUGAGCUGCAGUACAGUAAAGAACAAUUAGAACUCCUAAACAGUAACUUACAUAAUCAGCUGGAGCGUGUACAAGGAGAAAAAGAAGAAAGGGAAAAAGAAAUUGUUUAUUACUGUAAUGAGUUAGAGAAAGCUCACGAAGCUAAUCAAGAGCUUCAGGUUCAGCUGGAUCAGGCAGUGCAACAAUCUUUGGACCCUGCAAGUAAAGGCAAUUCUCUCUUUGCUGAGGUGGAGGACCGUAGGGCAGAAAUGGAACGACAGCUGAUCAGUGUGAAAAUAAAAUAUCAGUCACUACAAAAACAGCAUGCAUUCACUAGAGAACAAUUGCAAAGAAUGAAGAUGCAAAUGGCUACACUGCUACAGAUGAAAGUCUCUCAGGCAGAAUAUGAGCAGCUGGAACGCUUACAGUCAAUGGUGGAACAGAAGAACGGUGAGGUAGAAGAUCUUCUUUUCAAAGUGAGACAGCUAGAAAAAUUUAAGACUUUAUAUGAGAAUAUGGAAGAAUCCAGACCUAGGAGUAGCUCAAAGGAAGGAGAGUCAGAAGAUGGUUACUAUACAGAUUUACUGCUGCUGAAACUUGACAAGUCAAAGAAGGAAACAGAAACCUUGAAAAAUGAACUAUCCUUGCAGAGGAUGAAAGCGCUGUAUGAAAGCCAAAGGGUUCUGGAAGUUGAAAGGAAACUCUUUGCAAUUGAGAGGCAUUUGCAAGCUUGUCAGAGUGAUAAUAUGAACUUGCGAGUUAAGCUGGAUGAGCUACAAAUGAAAUAUGAACCUGGAGAAAUUUUUAAAGACACUGAAAUUAAAAAGGAGAUAGAGAACAUUCCAGUGGAUGCUACUUCUGAAUACUUGGACAGCAAAAAUACUUCAGCAAGCGAAGCUGCUCUCACUCAGUCACCACUUAAGGAAGAAACAAAGAUAACUUCCAAGAACUUGGAGAAAAGUGAUCCUUUUCCAAAAACACGUAUUCUUGAAGCACCACAAAUAAAUAUCGCCUUUCAAGCACUGCAAAAAGUAGUUGUACCUGAAAGAGGAAGAAAGAGAGUUAAAAGUGAAGAUGACAACCAUGAUGCCUCUACUUCAUGUAGCGGGAGUGGAAGUAAUUCCUUGACUUCAGCUGCCCCCAGGUCAGUGUCAGCUUCUGUCUAUGGUCAAGGCAAUCAGCAGAGACCUGCAUCUCUUUUCUUUCGCUGCCUGAACUAUGCUAUCCAAUUCUUUAUCUGUUUCCUCAGUGUUGCAUGCAGUGUAAUUCCUCAGUUACGGCUACCUACGCUGAACAUCUCAAUACCUUUUAGAAAGACUAAAAUGAUGACUAAUGAAAAAGACUCUUGAAACUGUAAAAUAUCUGAAAUAAUUUACCCAUUACUUGCAAAUGUUUAAGGUGUGCAGAUAGCAUGACGGCUUGCUUGGUUUGCUCUGACUUCAGAAAUAGGAAUGCUGCAUUCUUGGUCCCUUCAAAGCUGCCACACACUGGUGUUACAUAUCAAAGUAACAAAGGCAAUAGGUACCAUGCUUCAGUUCGCUACCUAAUUUCAGCUCUCAUCAACUUUCAGACUCAGCUAAAAGCCUGAAAGUUAUUUAAAUUAAGUAAUUCUUAACUUGAGUUGACAGAAUUUGCAUUGUACAGGAUAAUAGACAAUGAUGCUAUUUAUGUUGGCAGACAACUGACUUCUGUAAGCUGAAUGCCUGAUAAUUAGCAAAACAACUACUAAAUUAAGAUCAUUUUUCCCCCCGAACUGAGAAAUUAAGUUACUUUUUGAUAGAUGUUAAAUUAACUUAGACAAGUAAUUAGCUCCAACCUCUUUAUCUUGGUAAAAGGAAUGCGGAUUAUUUUUUUUCAGCUGAUGCUUUUGUAUUCUGUUCAUAUUCGUAAUCUUCAUAAACAGGUGUUAUGGAGGAGAAAGAAUCUGGGAUAGUCUAGAUGUUUUUGAUCUUAUGACUUGCUAAUGUCUGCUAGUAAAAAUAGUUUAUUUAAUCUAGAAUGACAGUAGCUUCAAAGAUUAAGGCGUAACACAUGGAAAUCUGUACAGUAUAUCAAAAAUUAAUGGCAUUCAAAGGUAAUUGGAUUGAUAUUUUGACUCCCAGAUCAGUAGAUCAGUUAAGGUUGCAUUAGAUACAAUUAACAGUUUUAAAUAGUACAAUCUUCUGAAAGAGUCUGGAUGGAAUAUAGCAGAAAUAGCUAUUUCAGUACCUAUGUCAAAAUAUGCCGGGAGUGUUACCGAGGAGGAAGGAUCAGGGAGGUCAGAUGUGGGUGGUGCAAGUUGAGAGGGAGGACUGGAAAAUUUAGUGACGAUACGUGUACAGAACAUUGUCACAACACGGAAGAACAGAUAGCAUGUGACCUGGGUGUGAAAAGUUUUAACUUAUUUCCUCAUAUUUCUUUUGGAAAGGAAGAUACAGUGUCUGCCAGUAGGAAGUUGUUGAAAAUAGUUUAUGUGAACUGAUGAAGGGGUAAACCUACUGGAGAGUGGGUGAGGAGGAGAAAUCACUUUGAUGUUUGAAAGCAAAAGGAGUGGAAAAAGUGGAAGAGGAAGAUGGAGUUGUAGUUCAGAGGGGGGUUCUAAUCUUCCAUCUGUUGCUGUUGGUUGAAAUAAGGAACAAGACAUAAAUCAGUAGAUUUUAAAACAAACACCCCACCAACACAAGGACAAAAAACCUCCACAAAACUCCAUAUAAAAGCUUUUAAGCAAUGGUGGUAUGAACCUGUGAAAGGCAAAUCCAGGCACAAGGUUCUGUUCAUGUUUCUGAUUGUGUUAGGAACUACUAAAUCCCCAGUUAAUGAUGUUAGGAUAAUGGUGAGGAUUUACUUAACACCCUCAUCUGUUGUGAUUUAUUGUGAAAUAAGAAGUCACGAUAAAAUCUGAGUGUUUGAGAGAUUGGGUUUCUAAACACUGCAGGCACCUCUGGAUUUUUGUGAUGGAUGUGGCCAGACCCUGUGUAGGAAUACAGUUAAAUGCAAAGGCGCAAAAAAUACUGGCAACUUGAGCAGGAAUGUGCGCCUGAAAAUUGAGAAUUUGGGAGAGGAAAAAAAAUUGGCAUAUGCAUGAUGGGUAGUUGUCAGUGUUUCACCUUGGGUUAAGUAAAAUGUGAUGCUGUGGCUGAAAAGGCUAUUGUGGUCAUUGUGGGGUUUUUUUGAACUUGAGUAGUUUUUGUGCAAUAAUUAGUGUAGCUCUUUCAUUAUCAGUCCAUGAAAUGUGACAACGGAAAGAGCUGAAAUAACUGUGAAAGGAUUGCAAACUUCAUUUCUAGAAAAUGAUGUUUGAAAAGCUUUGUCAGCUUAAGAGAUGAUGUAGUAGUAGUCAGAAGUGAUCUGUAUGUACUUGUUUGGGUGACAGAUUCACUUGUUUGAGGUCUUGCUUGCUAAUGUGAUUUAAGCAAGGCAGAACUAGGCAACUGAACUAACACCAUAAGUAUGUAUCUGUAGUGCAUGUGUGUAUACUUACAAAAGUGUAAAGGCAGUAAACUUUGGAAUACUUCAUUAGGUGAUGGUACUGAUUAGGUUAUGGUAUGUUCUCAACACUCAUGUACUAGUUGAGACUAAAGAACUAAAUAUUAAAUAUUUAAGUGAGUAUUAUUAAUUAUCAAUUGCUAUUGUAAUUCAGGUAAUGCGAAGGUUAUAGGUAGUGAUAGCUCUUGUUAGGCCAACUGGUCAAUAAAAAGAUACACUCCUGUAUUGAAAUGCUUUUCUUAACUGCUGAAACAGCAAAUUCUGACCCUUGCUGCCCAACUUAGUUUGCAUUCACCUUUGAGGUUGUUUGCUUUAGUUUGAUCUGAAGAAAGGCUUGUGUGCCUAAGACCUUAUUUGCUCUUUUAUUGAGUUGGAUUACAUAGACCAAAUCUGCCUCAUUUGGACUUUGUUCAAAUGCCUAGAGCCAUUUGGCUCAGCAGGAGGUCUGGGUAACUAGUAUUCUCUCUGGCGUUUUAGUCAUGCCAUUCAUCCUCAGGAAGUAAAGCUCCAUCUGAUGAGACUAGUUGAUCUUCCUCAAAUGAGUAGAAAGAACCUCCAUUACAUCUCACUUUGGGAGUCUACAGAGUCAAAACUUGAUAGAAUCAUGUUGUAGUUUCACGAGCAUUUGUUUUUGUUGUGGUGUUGUUUUUCUUUUUUUUUAAGUGGAAGUGUUUUAACUGUCAUCUUUCUGAGCCAUCCAUUUCCCUGUGCAACUCUUCAUGAAAUGUGAUGAUGCUGUAAGGGGUGGUCUGUGAGCUGGCUUGGUAUGAGGACUGUGGUGGGUUAACUUUGGCUUGCUGUCAGAUGCCCACCCAGCUGCUCUCACUCCCCCACUUGAACAGGAUGAGGUAUCAAUUGGUCAUGGGCAACACAGACUUGAUUUGGGGAAGAUUAGUUCAUAGCCAUUUAAAACUAAUGGGACAGUGAGAAAGGAAAAAAAAAAAACCCCACCACAACUUCCCCCUAACACCAGCCCCCCUUCUCGGGCUCCACUUCGGUCCCUCAUUCCCAGUUUCUGCUGCCUCCUCCCUGAGUGACACAGGCGGAAUAAGGUUUGCAGUUGGUUCAUAGCACUCUGCUCCUGUGUUAUAGCAAAGGUUAGUAGAAAAGGAUUACGAUAUGGACUGGCUGAUUUUUUUUAACUCCAUGAGACUUGAUUUCAGAACAAGAUGCUCAGCUUUUAACUUGGGAGUCUGUUAAAUGAACUCAUUCAUUUGUCCCUUGUUAUAUGUACCAGCCUGUAGACAUGAUCUAUUACACAUUAGUAAAACUUGUAUUUUAUAAAAAAAAAAAUAUAAUAAUUCAGUAUGGCAAUGAAAACACGGUUUAGCAACUUGUAGGCUGUAGAAUAAUUGGUCCUGAAGCAUUUGCAGACCAACUACAGGAUACUCAGAAUGAAAGAGUAGAUUUUCUUGGAUUGUCUGUUCGUUGUCGCAUUAAAGCUCCAUUAUUUGAAUUUUCAGGCAUUUCUGAAAUGCCAUAAACUCACUGCCAUAAACUAAGGUUUUUAUAAGUGAAGCAAAUUAUGGCAAUCUAUUGCUGAUCCAGAUGAAAGCUGUAAUUAACUGAAGUGUAGCUUGCAUACAUGGAAUGGCUUAUUUGUUUUAUCUACACAGGUCAGUCACACCCCUGAUAAAUUAGGUAUUUAUUAGUAUAGUUCUAGUCUUAGGAAGUUAGCUUAUGUUAUGCUGACUUGCAUAAACAUUUUGGUGUGUAUUCAAAGCAUAAAAAGAUUAUUGUUUUCUUUCUUCAAAUAAUUAAUUCUAAUAGCUGCUUAGUUUCAUAAAAAGAAUGUGAUGUUUCUGAUGUGAAUUUGGUUUCCAGUGUUGUUACACUAUAUGCUAACAGAAUUACCCAAUACUGUAAAAGGGGAGUAUUUUGUAUAAACCUCGUUCUGCUGCUUUGGAACAUAAUUUGUCAAUUCAAUGUUUAUUUGGCCUUUCGGUUUGAGUUCUUGCUUUGUUCUGUGUUUUUAUAGGGAAUUCUUGUUGGAAAUUUUGGCCACUAGAGUACUGGUUUUGGUGGCCUUGAACAGAGGUUGUUCUAAGGCAGAAGAGCAGAGGGUCAAAUGGAGAGACUCUACCCUAGGAACAGAUGCGCAUACACAAGCUCUCCAUCCCUAGUUACAGCUGCCAGGGGAGCACAGGCUGAGCUGUAGACCAGAAGACAAUUACUAAGAAUAUGCUUUUCCUCCUUCCUUGAGUAAUGGGUUCUUGUUGUAACCACCAACAAAUGGCUACUUGCAAGUAGCAGCACAUCGAAAAUGGAGUGAGCUGGGGGAAAGCUGACUAUGGACAAAAAAUGGUUAGUCUUCGGAAUUAUAUGUGUGGAUUUAAUGCAGAGUAAAAGGUGGAGUAAACACCGCUGACCUGGAGGAGAUGCUCAGCAAAGCAUACUGCUCUUUAGCCUGAGACAGUGCUUAUAGGAAAUAAUAUGCAGGUUGCUUGCAGUGGAUAAGAAUAGUUUAUUUGAUAAUCUGUGCGUAAAGAUGAACUGAGGAGUGGGGGUGUGUGUGUGAAUCUGUAGCUAUGUUCCCCAAACAUUUUUGUUACAGCUCCUUUUGUAGUCCUCAUUUCAUCUGCAUCUCUCAGUAUCGCAAAUAGAUCUCUAAUAACUGGGUAGGAGCUAUUCUUGUUUGGAAAAACUGCCACUGAAAGCAGCUGUAGAUUGUUUUGGGCUGCUCUCUGGAGGCUCUUGACAGCACUAGAAAUCCACAUGGUCACUAGAGAGAAUUGCUUUCGACAGGUAUGGUGAGCAAUUGGCAUAUAAUUUCUGCUGGUAUGUAGAGUGAUGUUUAAUUGGGAACUCCAUUUUCCCAUAACUUGUUUUGCUGUGGAAAUAAUUGUACUAGUCAAAUGGCUGUGGGUGAUUUGGUUGAGUAAAUGCCAUUAUUUAUCAAUUAGUUCUAAUGACACAUUUGUAGUUUUUUAAGUAAUUCUUAAAUAAUCAAAGCAUCUGAUGGUGCUUAGGUGUCUCGGUACUGGUUUUUAACUUCCCUUUUUACAGCAAUGUGGCAGUUGUAUUCCCAUUUACGUUCUUAGCAGAACUAAAACCUGUCAGUGGACAAAUGAUGCGGAACCUGAACAUUUCUUUCAAACAACUUCUUUUCAGAUAUUCAGGCAUUAAGAUAAAGGCAGUAGCAGUGCAGAACUAUGUUGGAAACCAGUGUAGUUGCAUCAAGCUGUAGUCCUUUUCUUGGUGUUAAAGCAAAAUUCUUGACUUCUAGCAACAUAAUACAAAUGCGAUGGACUUUUCACUUGGAGUUGUGCUUUUGUGGACUUGAUCUCCUUUAUGUGCAUGGCACAACCACUGUUUUUCUUAGUUAUUUCAAAGGCUGUUCCAACCAGCUAAUGCUUCCAGUAAUCUUUUUACCAAACAUUUCGGCAUGUGGCAGGGGGUGGGGGGAAGCCUAUACUUUUAAGUGAUGACAUGUGAAUAGGACUGAUGUAAAAACACUUCAUUGUCGUCUUGUUUUACCCUUAAAUGCUGUUUCCUCUGUCUUUGUGUGUGGAUGGUCUUGUAUGCCACUUGGCUUGUUGAUUUUGCUUAAAGCUCUUACUUUAGCACUGUUUUUUUAUUAACUAAAUAUGUAUUUAGAAUGGUUGCUUUGC